CAAAAGCCUGUUCUCCUGUCGGAGCAUUCUAGCAUGCUCGGUAGUAUGCUAGUACGCAGUUUAUGACGCAACCCAUGUGCCUCUCGGUAAGGAAAGUGACAUCCAUAUAUAUCAGCUGUUACUGAUUAUGUAAGUUAUCAGUGGCGUUAUUUCUUUAUUUUAUUUUUAUUUAUUUAAUUUAAUCGCAAUUCUGAUUUGAGGGGGUAACUGCUGGAGCUGAUCUUAAAGGACAAUGUCGAGCAUAGCUGCUGCUAGUAUGGAGCCCAAACCUGCUGAGGAGAAGAAACCGCUGAAGCCGUGCUGUGCAUGCCCUGAAACUAAAAAAGCAAGAGAUGUGUGUAUAAUUGAAAAAGGUGAAGAAAAAUGCACACAUCUUAUAGAGGCUCACAAGGAGUGCAUGAGGGCACUUGGAUUUAAGAUAUAAUUGUAAGGGACUGGGUGGUGAGGAUGCUGUGGACUGCUGUUUAUACUGCUGUGAAAAGUUUUUUUCAGUUGUUUCUCUGAGUGUGAUGUAUUAGUUUCGUGUGAAUGUUCUGUGCAAAUUUCUUUUGAAUAAAGAUUCUAUGCAACCCUA